AUGAACAAGGAAGAAUCGCAUCUCCUGGGCUUCUUCACCGAAUCAACAUCCCUCGUGCUCGGCCCAACCGACGCAGAGACUCUAGCACACUUCAUCCUGCGAGUCGCGCUCUCAGGUCCCGACUCUUCCGACACGACGAAUCCAGUCCUGCAGGCCGUGUUUGCGCUCGCAUCGCUCCAACUACACGGCAGCGGCAGCGCAAACGCGUUUCGGUAUAAGAGGCGCGUUGUGGCGGAGAUUGCGAGCCACGCGACUGACUGGCUGGACGAGAGCGCGCUGCUGAGGAACUUGGUUGCGACGAUGCUGUUGUAUCAUUGCGAGGUGGGUACACUCGAGUCGAGCCGCCGAGGGACAUGGGUGACUUUCUUCUGCGCGGUGAAGCGCAUCAUCAACACGUCGCCUGCAAUGGACAAGUUGAUUCGGCGCGAGUACUCGGUCUUCCUCGAUUGGAUCUACUACCACGAGGCACUGUCGGAGUUCACAGUCCGGCAUUGGAAAGUCCCGUAUGAUGGGUGCGGCUUCGCUCCCGUGGCGAGAUCGGCUAGGGCUGUGGAUGGCAUCGGAUCGCAGGUAGAAGAAGGCAUCGGCUGCCCGACCGAAGUCCUAGAGCUCCUUGUCCACGCCUGUCGACAAGCCAUCGUCGCGCCAUGCCCCGAGAUGGCGUACACGGCCGCCGAACUGGAGCGCGCGACGGUGCUGGAACAGCGCAUUUCGACGGCCUUGGGAGACUUCGGGCCCAUCCCAGCAACAACCACGACACCAAGGAAUCGACGUACCAUGGUCGCGGAUCUCCAUCGCAUCGCGUGCUUGAUCUAUGUCAACCGAGCGGUGCAUCAUUUUUCCGGGUCCGAGUUCCGCCACCGACGGCUCGUGAGAGAGGGCAUGCUGUUGCUGGGCGAGCUGGAAACGUGCCAGAGUGCGUGGACGCUGUUUGUCAUCGGCUGCGAGGCCGUCGACGACGAGCAGCGGCUUGCAAUUUUGCAUGUUUGUGAACGCAGUCGGCGGGACCCGAGAGAGAGAUCAAGUCACAUUGAUUCGACUCAGCGUCUCAUUGAGGCCGUGUGGAACCAGCGAGAUCUGGAUGAGGGGGGCAAGGUUGAGUACAUGGCGAUUCUGGACGCAGUUAUUGGCGGGCUAGCUUUCAUGCCAUUGUUUGCCUGA